CACCCAAGUGCAAUACUACAAACAAGUGCAUCCAUCCAUCGAGUAUAUUUUUUUCACUUGCUCACCUGAAAUAAUUUCUGGAAUCCUAUAAAGCCAAAACUGAAGAAUAGAAAUAUCCAGAACAUAGCAUUCACCAGGCGUUGCCAACUGUUACAAAUUAAACAAAGUUGCCAGUAUUGAUAGAAACCGUUAAAUAUUAGAAGGAUUGCCAUGCUAACCAAUAGCCAUUUAGCUAAAAUUACCAAUGUUGCCCCUCAUCCAGUGCAAAUGUUUCAAACUAUUAUAGACAAAGUAAAACCUCAAUUAUUAAUCAUGAAUUUGGCCACAAAAGAUAAUGCAUAUGGUGUUCUCAAUCGUUCUGUGGUAUAUCGCGGCCUUUCCCAGGAUGAACCUUGCCCACACAUCUGCUUUGUUACCGAGAAAAAUUCCCAUAAAUAUCAAACUCUCCGUGAAAAUCCUAAAGUUGCAGUGACUAUGCUCUGUUCAAUACCCGAUAUUGAAUUGUGGCAAAUACGUUUAUUUAAUGCCGAAGCUGUUGAAAUAAAUGAUAAAGAAAUGUUAAAGAAAUUUUGGCAAGAGGAACCUUUAUAUGCCAAAAUUCGUAGUCAUAUUUGUGGUUGCGGCAAACCUAAUGAGGUUGAAGAACUUGAUCGAAAAUAUCAAGAAAUUUUGGAUCUCUAUGAAAAGGAAUCUAAAGAACCGGAACUAACUAAAACAUAUACUGCUUUUAAAAUCAUACCAAAAAUAUGGGACUUUUACAAAAGUGAACCCAAUAAAAUCGCCGAUCGUGUGCAAUAUAAACAAAUCGAGGGAGAAACGGAUAAAUGGCAAGUUUAUCAUGUUGAUGCCUAGUUGAUGGAAGUCCCAAGUACAACUUUUAUUUAUUACAAAAAUAUUAAUCAAAAGCAUAAAAAACAUUAAAUAAAUGUU